CAAUGCUCUGGGCUUCUUUCCGAGGGAAACCACGGGGGUUCAGCAGCUACUCGGAACACCUCUUCUUUCCCUGGAGCAGGAAUGCUAGCCAAUGAGAAGGCACAUUCCCUGAAUGCCUGAAUGAUGCCACCUGACAAAGCCACCUCAGAUGCUCCAGUCUUCCAGUUUACUAACUGCUGGAUUUUGAAGAAUCAUGAGCUGCAAAGAGAGGACUUGUGGGUGAGAGAAGGAAAGAUCCUAAACCCAGAGAAGCUGUUCUUUGAUGAAAAGAAACAUGCAGACGUCCGGCUGGACUGCAAGGGAAGCAUCCUGGCACCUGGCUUCAUUGAUGUGCAGAUCAAUGGAGGCUUUGGAGUGGAUUUCUCCCUGGACACAGAAGAUACAGGAGCAGGAAUCUCACUGGUUGCCCAGAAAAUACUGUCUCACGGAGUGACCUCUUUUUGCCCGACCCUGGUGUCCUCACCAUCAUCUGUAUAUCACAGGGUGCUGCCUCAGAUCUGCGUUAAAAAUGGAGGACUUCAUGGAGCUGGUGUCCUAGGGGUUCAUCUGGAGGGUCCAUUCAUCAGCAAGGAAAAAAGAGGGGCACACCCAGAGCACUGCCUUCGCACCUUUGAGAAGGGAGCCUUCCAGGAAUUGCUAGACACCUAUGGGAGCCUGGACAGCGUCCGUAUUGUCACCCUAGCACCUGAGAUGAAGAGGAGCAGUGAAGUGAUCAAGGAGCUCACCAAGUGUGGCAUCUGUGUGUCACUAGGUCACUCCAUGGCUAACCUAUCUCAUGCCGAGGAGGCUGUUCAGCAUGGGGCCACCUUCAUCACUCACCUUUUCAAUGCCAUGUUACCUUUCCACCAUCGAGAUCCUGGGAUUGUGGGACUCCUCACAAGCGACAAGAUCCCCCCAGGUCAGAAAGUGUUCUAUGGCAUGAUAUCAGACGGCAUCCACACGAAUCCUGCUGCCCUGAGGAUCGCUCACCGGGCUGACCCUAAAGGUCUGGUCCUGGUGACAGAUGCCAUCACAGGUAUGGGGCUUGCCCCAGGCAGGCACACCUUGGGCCAACAGGUGGUGGAGAUGGAUGGGCUGAACUCCUACAUUGCAGGGACCAAAACGCUGAGUGGCAGCGUUGCAACCAUGGACACAUGUGUUCGACAUUUCAAGGAUGCCACUGGUUGCUCUGUAGAGACGGCACUGGAAGCUGCUUCUCUACACCCUGCUCAGCUCUUGAAAAUUGAGGACAGAAAGGGCACCUUGGAUUAUGACACUGAUGCAGAUUUCUUGUUGCUGGAUGACAAGCUCCAUAUUCGGGCAACCUACAUUGCAGGCCAGCAGGUCUGGAGGCAGGACAGCUUUGCCAUCUAAAUCUAGAGCUGAGACUAUGACAGCAGCACUUCAGAUCAGUGGCAGAGAGUGGAUUCUAGCCAGCAUGGAGCCUUUUUUCUCCAAAUGCCACUGUCUCUCUUGUUCCUGUUCAGUGGAGGCUGGUGCAUUAAGGGCCCACCAUCCUCAGUUGGCCCUUAAUCCGCCAGCCCUCACCUGCCUGUCUUCUUACUUAAAACCAACCCAGGGGUGACCCUGGCUGGCAGCUUCUUCCUCUUUGGUCUCAAGUUUUGCCGUUGUGCAACUCACCAGGCGGAUGGGGAACAAAUCUCAAAUAAGUUGGCUCCACCAACUCCCAUUGGCUGUGGCUCCCCUCAUCACUGGCUCUAUCUUCUGACCAUCCCACCAGUCCCAGUGAACACCAGCCAUCUCUGCUUCCUGUGACUCUGGAAAAAAGAAGUCUUAUUCAAACAAGUUCCAGCUGUGGCAUUCCUUUCUCCUGUUCACAAAGUGCAUCCUGCAUGACAAGUUGCGUGUUUCCAAGGAGCUGUGGAUGAAGCUGUUUAUUUCCUCACCUGGCCCCAGAAACCUGGAAGUGGUGUCCGCCUGGCUGCCUUCAGAUGCUUGCUUUUCCCGUUUUUGUGUGUGAAUGCAAAGGCCUGGGGGAAAGUAUUGCACACAGCUGAACCGAAGCGCAAUCAACUUAUGAGGCUGUUUUUAUCUAAAGAACUUCUCAAGCACGUCUGAAACAACAGACACUUGCCCCUGAGAUUUUAAAAAUGCUGAAUUCUGCACUAGGUGCCACAGGGGAGCUCUGGCCAUUUUCCUCCCACAGUGCCUCCAUUGUGGCCUUCAGCCAUAAACCCACCCCUACCCCUUGUAAUGCUGGAAUGGUGCCUUUUCUUUUACUGUCAUCUUCCUUGCCACAGAUUAAAGCCAGCUGAGACAU